UCUCUCUCCAAAAGGCCAAGGCGGCGAAGCCUAUCUCUUCGCAUUAUUUUCUUGUAAAAAUCUGGACUUUCGCUUUCUCCUCUUCUUAUUGGAUACAAGAUGUGCUGCUUCCCGAGCAAAUCGUGCUGCCUGUGCUUCCUGCUGCUGCUGGUGAUCCUUCUCAUCGGAUUCGUCUUCGGCUUCGGGGUUUUCGCCCACGGCUUCCACAAACUCAGGGACGCCUUCCACUUGGAGGGCGUCGAUGCCGAUGGGAUGAGGCCCUUCUUGGGCCAAGGAGCCCCCGCCCCCUUCUAAACAAGGGUUCUUCUCGCACCCUUCCCCUCCCUCUUUCUCUCUCUUCUUUCUCUCCUUCCCCCGUCGUGUGUUGAUCAUCUCAAUCAUUAGUCUCUAAGUUUUUUCCUCUUCGUUCUUUAGUUAAGGUUGUCCGGGUUCUGCAUUCUUUUUUAGGGAUUGGGAUUGGGAUUGGGAUUGGGAUUUGGCGGAGUUCCAGGGUUUGGUUCUUGGAUCAAGAACUACUGAUAUGCUAGGGGGAAGUUUCGUGGAUUCUGUAUACAAGGAUAUGAUAUCUUUUAAUGGAUUUUUAACUCCAUAUUCGCUUGUUCGGAUUUAUUCUGCUUAGAAUUACUGUGGUGUGAGAUUCCUUGAACAAUAAUGUGGUUGGGGAAAACAAGAAAAAAAAUCACAUGGAUUGGAUUCUUUAUCUGUCUGCCGUCCUUGUUUUGAUGGGUCUUUAGAUUUUCUAUUUCUCUUGACACGAAGAUGAAGCCAAGAAACGUGGCGAAGCCAAGUAAGGGAACACCCGGCCGGGUUCGGUAAAACUUGGGUUUCAGGAUCCGACCCGGUUGGUUUUCGGGCACUGGAGUUCACUCGUCGUCCAUCGGAGUCGUGUAGACUGUAGUUGGUCUAGAUUUUGUGGGUCCGGGUCAUUGAAUCGCCAGCUCGGACCGGAAGUUGGGUUUGACCGUGACGUGCAAUGGAGGAUGUUUGUUUUGGAUGGGUUGUACCUGAUCCCCUUGUGCACUGGAACAGGUGAGUUUUAGCUCACCCGCAAACUUUCUUUGCUUGAUGUUGUUUCCCUUUUUUUUUUCUUUUAAUUAGCAAAGACCGGUUGAGUUGAAAAUGAAAUUAUUAUAAUUCAAAA